AGUCCCACAUUCUCAGGUACAGAAAAUUCCAGCCUUUCCUUCUCUUUCUCUCUCCCUUCUCAUCCGUUCAUUUCUCAAUCUUCACUUUCUGUUUUUAAAUCACAACAAUUAAUUCAAAUCAAAUUCAAAAAACCCUCCUUUCACGCUUUGAUUUCAUUCAUUUUCCCUCUUACCAUCCAACCUCUUUCUUUCCCUCUCUUGUGUUGUGUGGGUUGCGCUGAACCAACAAUUGAAGAGAUACAUUACAGGGGAUUUUCGAAUUCAUGGCGACGAAUAUAGGAAUGAUGGAUAGUGCUUACUUUGUCGGCAGAAAUGAGAUUCUCUCAUGGAUCAAUAACAGGCUUCGUCUCAAUCUCUCUCGUAUUGAAGAGGCUGCAUCUGGUGCUGUACAGUGUCAGAUGCUGGAUAUGACUUAUCCUGGAAUCGUUCCAAUGCAUAAGGUGAAUUUUGAUGCAAAAACAGAAUAUGAUAUGAUCCAAAAUUACAAGAUCUUGCAGGAUGUGUUCAACAAGCUGAAAAUUGAAAAGCAUGUUGAAGUCAACAGGCUUGUCAAAGGGCGGCCUUUGGACAAUUUGGAGUUCCUGCAAUGGCUAAAACGUUAUUGUGAUUCUGUAAAUGGUGGCAUUAUGAAUGAGAAUUACAAUCCUGUGGAGCGAAGAGGCAAAGGUGGAAAAGAGCGGACCUUCAAGGGUUGUAAUAAGAGUUCAAAGUCACUGCAAGCAAACAACAUGCAUGGCCCUGGCUCUGGUGACUCAGCUCUCCUUAACAAAACUUGUGGGCCCAAACAAGGAAAAGUAUAUACCGGGGCAAGUGGAGCUUCUUCAGCCGAGGUUCAAGCUCUGUCAAAGGAGAUUACCGAUCUCAAACUCUCUGCUGACAUUUUGGCAAAGGAAAGAGAUUUUUACUUCUCAAAGUUACGAGACAUAGAAAUACUUUGUCAGACUCCUGAAUUGGAGCAUCUCCCAAUGGCUAUAGCAAUCAAGAAGAUAUUGUAUGCUGCAGAUGCUAAAGAAUCUGCACUUGCAGAAGCGCAGGAAUAUGUGUGCCAAGCCAUGGAUGCGGAUGAAGACGAGGAACAAGAGGAACAGGAUGCUUGAAUUUUGACACCAAAUAGGGCCGAGUUUGUUGUGUUAAGCAAACUCGUUACUGGACCUAAGAUAACCUAGCAUAAAAUGUUAGGUUUUUCUUGUAUGUUCUGAAUAGAUAACUUGCUAGAGUUGAAAAUACUGACUAAUUUACUAAUGACAAGCUUCAUGUCCUGAAUAAGAUUCAGGACAUGAGUAAGACUCUUUGGUUCACUUUAAAA